CCAUGUUACCUGGACAAGCUGUGGAUGGAAAAGAAAGCUUUCUGCAGUGCUUUUCCCUUCCACAUUGUCUUUGAUAAAGAUGUAAGGAUUCUUCAUGUGUCUGUGCACUUUAGUUGCUUAAUGAGAGUGUGCAAUGCAUAUCUUUGGAUUCGCUGAAACUCAUGCUGCAAAUUCUUGGUACCUUCUGUCUCUGCUGCCCAUUCUUCUUUGUUUCUGGUUUGUUUCUAAUCAGCUGAAGGUAAGGCAAACAGGGGUGAACAUAGAGAAGUUUGUCCCAGGUCUCCAGGCCAGAGAUGCUACAAUGGAUCAAUAUUUCACCAUUAUACACCCACAGGUGACUUUCAACAUUGAGAGCAUCAGGAAAUUCAUUAACAGUCAAUUUGUCUUAAAGAGCUACAAAGACAAACAAACCACACUCAAACUAAGAGGCCAGAUGUUGUGGAUGGAUUCUCUUGGCUGCAUGUUGUACCUGUGUUCUCCAAAGCUCCGAAGCCUCCAGGAACUUCAAGAUGUCGGCCUUCACCUGGCUGACCUGGCCCAGCACGACGUCACCAGAGACCUGGUUCUCCUCAACCAGCAACGUCUUGCUGAGAUGGAGCUCACCAACCAGCUGGAGAGAAAGAAAGAGGAAUUAAGAAUCCUGUCACGGCACCUGGAAGCUGAAAAAGAGAAGACAGAGACACUGUUGUAUGCCAUGCUUCCUCGUCACAUAGCCAAUCAACUUAAAGAUGGGAAGAGUGUCAAGGCAGGGGAGUUCAAGGUGUGUACAAUUUUGUUCAGUGAUGUGGUAACCUUCACAAAUAUCUGCGCUGUCUGUGAGCCUAUCAGCAUUGUUCACAUGCUCAACUCCAUGUACACCAAGUUUGACCGACUCACCAAUGUACAUGACAUCUACAAGGUUGAGACUAUUGGUGAUGCAUACAUGGUGGUGGGUGGUGUUCCAGUCCCUACAGAAACCCAUGCUCACAGAGUGGCAAAUUUUGCUUUGGGUAUGAGGCUUGCUGUCAAAGAGGUCAUCAACCCUGCAACAGGCAAACCCAUACAGAUUCGUGUGGGUCUUCACACUGGCUCAGUGUUAGCUGGGGUGGUGGGAGAGAAGAUGCCUCGCUACUGCUUGUUCGGAGACACUGUUAACACUGCCUCCCGGAUGGAAAGCCACGGGGUACCUGACCACAUUCACCUCAGCUCUUCCACAUAUAGUGAGCUGAAGGAUUCGGCCUUCAACAUACAAGAGCGUGGACAGAUUGAGGUGAAGGGUAAAGGCCAGAUGACCACUUACUUCCUGUUGGGGAACAUGGUGGUGUCAGAAGAUAGCAUCAUGGGAAGAGAGGAUGGGGGGAUCUGUUUUUACAGGGAGGACCUUCAUGACCAGACUAGAACAGAGUCUGACAGAGAGUCUGAUGUGAGAAAGGACACUGAUCAUAGAGGCACACCCACAGAUGGAAUCAGUCCCCGGGACCCCAUCCACUCACGUACACUCACCCCCUUUGCCUGGGACAUCACCCCACUAUAUCAGACUAAUGAGAACAGCUACAAUACACCUGCAAACAGUUUCAGCAGCAGACUCUGUGUCUUACUCUGAGGGCACCUCUUUCUCUUGUCUUCUUUACACUUAUUGAAGUGUUUAACUCAUGGAUCUAUUUAGACUAAAUCUAUGAAAGACAACCAAACAGGCAUUCAAGUAUAUACAUUUUAGUCUUAACUGUUGAUGGAGAUAUAUUUCAUUGAUAGCAUGUAGUUUGUUUCUCUCUCUUAAAAAUUCUUACAAAAUGUUUUUGAGUCAACAAUAAUACCAACUGAAAUUUGUCUGUCUGUUUCUGUCCCUGGUUAUUUACAUGAAUUUAACAGUUUAAUUCAGUUAGGUGGCGUUGAAAGGAUGGCCGCGUGAUUGGCACAUCUGUCCAGGACUACUCUACAAAGCGUGGCCUCAUUUAGACUUAUAAGUGUCUUGUAUGCAUAUAAAAUCCAACUUACCAAGCCUUACCGAGCAGGAGUUUCUGCUGGAGGUUCAGGGAGGCUUAGGAUGUUCCCUGAUGCAGAUUGCAAUGCUGAGGGUACCCGGUGUCUUUCGUCAUCCAGGUGCUUUGUUCUCUCUCUGAAGAAGGCCAGGGCUACACCCAUAAUGGACUGAGUGGAGCUGGCUGGCCAGGUGGUCUGACUUGUGGGUGUGGCUGUUGGAGCUGUGUUGAUUCAGACUGUGUCUAGUUUAACUUUGAUUGCCCCUGA